AUGCAAGCAGAAAAUGAUAAAUUAAGUUCUUCAAAUAAAAUAACGAUGGCUAAUUUAAUGAUUAGAAGGAAUCAAGAGAUGACUUUACGUCAAGGAAUAUUAAAAUUAACUGGGGAAUUUCAUAAAGAACAAAUGGACUAUAAAGAAAAGUGUAGAUCGAGAAUCAAAAAUUAUUUAAAAAUUUCUGGUCUACAUAUGACAGAAGAAGAAAUGGACGAGUCUAUUGAAGGAGGAAAUUUAUUUAAUACAGUUUCUAUAAUGACAGCAGAAAAAGAUAAAAAGCUUUUGUUUGAGGAUGUUAAAUCUCGCCAUGAAGAUAUUAUCAAAUUGGAAGGGUCGAUUAGAGAAUUACAUGAAAUGUUUCAAGAUUUGGCAAUGCUUGUGGAGAGUCAGGGUGAAAUGGCAGAUCAUAUUGAAACGAAUGUUAUUUGUGCAAAGGACCUUGCAUUUAAAGCUUUGGAUAAUGUUAAAGGAGCAGAGGCUGCAAAGAGGAGGAAUAUAAAGUUAAAAAUCGCCUUAGCUAUUUGUAUUGUUGUUGGCAUCAUUUUUAUUUUCUUUAUGGGAACGACUGUUUUUUGUGUCUACUUUCCAUUUGUUUGUCGUUAA